GCAAGCGAAGGAGAGAGGAAGGGUUUGGGGGCUUCUUCUGGGUAGAGGUUUUAGAGAGAGGUUUUAGAGAGAGAGAAUCUCAUCAGAGCAAAACGCCAUGAGGUUCCUCAAGCUUAUCACUGGGCAUCACAGGUCGCUCUCGCGUGUCAUCGGACGGCGGUACUUCGCCGCCGCAGCGACGCCGACGGAGGAGCACGACAAGAGGAACUACGCCAACAAUGUCUCCGAGUACAACACAGUCAUCGAUUCCAUCUCCGCGCAGAGAAGGUAUUUCUUGUUGAGGGAUGUCUAUGACGAUAUGGCGCUCGACGGAGUACAGCCGAACAGGGAUACAUUCCACUCGCUCGUUAUAGCUUCCUUGAAAGGCGGUCGAAUGCAGGACGCUUUGUUCUUCACCGACCAAAUGAAGGCCAUUGGAUUAGUCCCUGAUGUUGAUUUAUUCAACAUUCUGAUAUCAUUGUGUGGGAAGAGCAAGAACUCUGAUCGGGCGAUUCAGUUUCUGGAUGAGAUGAAGGUUUUAGAAGUGAAGCCGGUUGUGCAAACCUAUGUCUGUCUACUCAAUGCAUGUGCUGCGGCUGGCCGUUUAGACAGAGUGUACGCAAUUAUACGCGAUAUGACUACAGCUGGUCUUGGUUUAAAUAAAUAUUGCUACGCAGGGCUUAUAACCGCAUAUAAAAACAAGACACCUGUACCAGAAGAUUUUGCAACCAAAAUCAUUGAGUUUGUGGAGCGGUCAAAGGAAUGGACAUCAGUUGAGGGAUCCGAUGUCUCUGCUGAGAAUUUAAUGAUGGGUGUUCUUCCAGAGGAGCUUUAUAAUCUUCCUACUGCUGAAUAUGCUCAUAGGCGUCUUGGAUUUGUGGUUAAGCAGCUAACCGCAUAUCAUGCUGCAUUUCAUGCUUGUGCAGAGCUAAAAAAAGUAGAGCUCAUGGAAACUCUUUUGGAGAUGUUAGAGAAGGACGGUAAAACUCCAGAUACCUUCAUUGUGAUGCAAAUUAUGAGGUGCUAUCUACAUUCUGGGGACAUUGACCGUGGUCUUAAAGUUUUUGAAGACCACAUGAAGUCUGACAAGCCUCCAAUUGGUGAAUUGUAUACAACUCUCAUCGAGGGAGCCAUGAUUGGGUAUACUCCCAGGGGAAUGCAAAUUGCACAAGAUGCAUUGGUAGAUAUGAAUUCAAGGAAUUUUUUCUUGAGCCCAAAACUGGCGAGUGAUCUUCUCCUUGCGGCAUCUGGCGAAAAGACCGGUGGAUAUUCCGUGGCCAACUAUAUUUGGGACUUGAUGCAGUCCCGCAAACAGAUUCCUUUUCUUCCUGCAGUGGAAGCAUAUUACAAAGGCUUAAAAGAACGCGAGAUUCCUGAAGAUGAACCUCGCCUCGUACUAGCAUCUCGAACUUAUGAGGACCUUCGGGCUAGAUUCGGAAACAUAGGACGAGCUCCUCCUAGUUAAAAUUGAUGCUUAAAAAGAUAUUUUCACUGAUUAUUUUCUUCUAUAUAAUUCGUUUGUUGUACCAGCACAUUUUCCUUUAACCAAUUUUAGAGCAAGGAUAAGGGAAGACCUUUUGUUUUUUGUUUUGUUUAUUCUUGCACCGGAAACCGGAAGGGCAUAAGAUAGAACUCAUAGGGUGGAUGUUACCGAAGUUGAAAUUUGUUGGAUGUUAUUCGAAUUCCAUCUUUUAUUGGAAUCGAGGAAUAAUACAAGCCCAUACGUCUCUUAACAUUUGAAC